AUGAAUUUCAAAAGAUUUAUAUCCUCCAUAUUUAUAAUUUUCAUUUUAUACACUGUAGUCGAUAUAAUUGUAGAAGCAUCAGAUACAACUGAUAAGACCAAACAAACUACAGGGAAAGUACCUAUUACCACUAUGGGAAGUAGCAAUGAAAACAAUGCUAUUAAGAAAGAUGCAGACACAACAACACCUAUGGACACUGAAAAAGCUUUAAGUGAAAUUAAAAAUAUAUCAGAGACCUUAAAUAAAAAAACAUCAUCUAACACAGGUAUAAUUAUCAGCACCGCAUUAAUUAACAUGGUCCUGUUAGUUUUAUUGUCUGCAUUUAUUGGUUAUACAACAAAAAAAAUAGGUAUUAGUGAGGAUUUUCCAAGCGAAGUAGAUGAUAAAGAUGUGGGUAAACCAACAAAAGCUUAA